UUUCAGUUUGUCUGCGGAGGAAACCGUGGGACCAUCCAAGAGAGGGAGGGAAGGAAGGAGACCCCGGACCCCGACGGGGCUGGACAGAGACAAGCCCCCCCCUCACUCCCCUCCCCAACCCUCCGGCCACUGAGCCAAAGCCGCGGAGAGGAUCGCAAAAAAAGGGUCGGCCAAGGGGAAAGGACAGAAGGUGGAACCGGAGUGACUUCGGAUUAAAAGGGAGUCCGGAAUAGGAUUUGCAAAGCGGACGGGGUUUUUUUGGCAGCCGGCAAAAAGCCCAGCUGGCGCAUCUCUCACCUGUCCUGCCUUACCUGGAGCCCCCUUGGGUGGGUGGGGGGGAAGAGGAGGAGGAGGAGGAGAAGAGGAAGAAGAGGAAGAAGAGAAAAAAAAAUGAGCCAGCAUGUCUGAUAAAAUGUCCAGCUUUCUCUACAUCGGCGAUGUGGUUUCGCUUUACGCCGAGGGCUCGGUCAACGGCUUCAUCAGCACCUUGGGGCUCGUGGAUGACAGAUGUGUGGUUCAUCCGGAAGCAGGCGAUCUUUGCAACCCGCCCAAAAAAUUCCGAGAUUGCCUUUUCAAAGUGUGUCCCAUGAACCGAUAUUCCGCACAGAAGCAAUACUGGAAAGCCAAGCAAGCCAAACAGGGCAGCCACACCGAAGCGGCCCUGUUAAAGAAAUUACAACAUGCAGCUGAACUGGAACAGAAGCAGAACGAAUGUGAGAACCGGAAGCUGCUGGGGGAAAUUGUGAAAUACAGCAACGUGAUCCAGCUGCUUCAUAUCAAGAGCAACAAAUAUCUCACGGUCAAUAAGAGGUUGCCGGCCUUGUUGGAAAAAAACGCCAUGCGUGUCUCUUUGGAUGCAGCCGGCAACGAAGGCUCCUGGUUCUACAUUCAGCCCUUUUGGAAACUGCGAAGCGAAGGGGACAAUAUUCUUGUCGGAGAUAAAGUUGUCCUGAUGCCGGUUAAUGCUGGACAACCAUUACACGCCAGCAACAUAGAGCUCUUAGAUAAUCCAGGAUGCAAGGAGGUCAACGCAGUGAAUUGUAACACCAGUUGGAAAAUUACCUUGUUCAUGAAAUUUAGUUGCUACAGAGAAGAUGUUCUUAAAGGUGGAGAUGUGGUCAGGUUGUUCCAUGCCGAACAGGAGAAGUUUCUGACCUGCGAUGAAUACCAGCAGAAGCAACACAUUUUCCUUCGCACAACUUUGAGGCAGUCGGCCACUUCGGCAACGAGUUCGAAAGCCCUGUGGGAAAUAGAGGUGGUGCAUCACGACCCUUGCCGCGGUGGCGCAGGACAGUGGAACAGCCUGUUCAGAUUUAAACACCUGGCGACCGGAAACUAUUUGGCUGCUGAACUAAAUCCUCACUAUCCAGAUGGCUGCAGUGGGGAAAAGAUUCUGCAGAAAGACAACGAGCUUCUAACUUUGAAGAAGAAAUGUCAGGCGGGAGAGAAGAUUAUGUACACCCUGGUCUCGGUUCCUCAUGGAAAUGACAUCGCUUCUCUUUUUGAGCUGGACGCGACCACCUUGCAACGGGCUGAUUGUCUGGUUCCAAGGAAUUCAUAUGUACGGCUGAGGCAUCUUUGCACAAACACUUGGGUGACCAGCACUAACAUCCCAAUCGACAAAGAUGAAGAAAGACCAGUAAUGUUAAAGAUUGGAACCUGUCAGACGAAGGAAGACAAAGAGGCCUUCGCCAUUGUGUCUGUCCCUCUGUCCGAGGUCAGAGACCUGGAUUUUGCAAAUGAUGCCAACAAGGUUUUAGCAUCGACGGUAAAAAAUUUGGAGAACGGUUCAGUAACUCAAAACGAAAGGAGGUUUGUCACGAAGCUCUUGGAAGACCUCAUUUUCUUUGUGGCUGAUUUGCACAACAAUGGCCAAGAGGUUUUAGACGUGGUGGUGAUUAGACCCAAUCGAGAGAGGCAGAAAUUAAUGAGGGAACAAAAUAUAUUGGAACAGAUUUUUGGAAUAUUGAAAGCCCCAUUUAAAGAGAAGGCUGGCGAGGGAGCCAUGUUGAGAUUGGAAGACUUGGGAGACCAGAGAUACGCCCCGUACAAAUACAUGCUUAGACUUUGCUACAGAAUCCUCCGCCAUUCUCAACAGGACUACAGGAAAAACCAGGAAUACAUUGCUACCAAUUUCUGCAUCAUGCAGUCUCAAAUUGGCUAUGAUAUCUUGGCAGAAGAUACGAUCACAGCUUUGUUGCACAACAACAGGAAGCUGCUGGAGAAACAUAUCACAGCUAAAGAAAUCGAGACCUUUGUGAAUUUACUCAGGAGGAACCGAGAGCCAAGGUUCUUGGAUUACCUCUCCGACCUUUGCGUUUCCAACACGGCUGCCAUUCCAGUCACCCAGGAACUCAUUUGUAAAUACAUGCUGAGUCCCGGAAACGCCGACAUCCUCAUUCAGACCAAGCUGGUUUCCAUGCAAAUGGACAACCCCUUGAAUUGCUCCUCCCUUUCGGACGAUAUGGAAGAAGAAGAGGUGUGGCUCUACUGGAUCGACAGUAACAAGGAGCCCCACGGGAAGGCCAUCCGCCAUCUUGCUCAGGAAGCCAAGGAGGGCACCAAAACUGAUUUAGAGGUCCUUACCUACUACAGGUAUCAACUCAACCUCUUUGCAAGGAUGUGUUUGGACCGGCAGUAUUUGGCUAUCAAUCAGAUUUCCACCCAGCUGUCGGUGGAUUUGAUCUUACGGUGCAUGUCGGAUGAAAGCCUACCUUACGAAUUGCGGGCGUCGUUUUGUCGCUUAAUGCUACACAUGCACGUCGACCGAGACCCUCAAGAGACGGGGGUCCCUGUGAAGUACGCCAGGCUGUGGACGGAAAUUCCUACCAAGAUUACUAUCCAUGAGUAUGACUCCUUCACCGAUUCAUCCCGAAAUGACAUGAAGAGGAAAUUUGCUUUCACGAUGGAAUUUGUCGAAGAUUACUUGAAAGAAGUUGUCAAUCAGCCUUUCCCUUUUGGAGACAAAGAGAAGAACAAGCUGACAUUUGAGGUGGUGCACCUCGCUCGCAAUCUCAUAUACUUUGGUUUUUAUAGUUUCAGUGAACUCCUCAGGCUGACCAGAACGCUUUUGGCUAUCCUCGAUAUUGUACAAGUGCCCAUGUCAUCCUACUUUGAAAGAUUAAGCAAAUUUCAGGACGGAGGAAACAAUGUCAUGAGAACCAUUCAUGGUGUGGGAGAGAUGAUGACUCAAAUGGUCCUCAGCAGAGGUUCUAUCUUUCCUGCCUCUUCACCUGAUAUUCCCCCAAUUAUCCAGCGAAGCAAACAAGCCAACCUUUUGGAGAGUGAGGAUAUCACUGUGAUGGAUACCAAGUUAAAAAUUAUCGAGAUUUUACAGUUUAUUCUUAGCGUUCGCCUUGACUACCGGAUAUCCUACAUGCUGUCUAUUUACAAGAAGGAAUUUGGGGAGAACAAUGAAAAUGUUGACAAUUCCACAGUGUCCCCACCCGACUCACCAGCUCUCACCUCAGCGGCUGUUCCCGAUAUAGAUGAAAUCGCUGCAGAAGCAGAAACCAUGUUUGCGGGCAGGAAGGAAAAGAACGCCGUGCAACUGGACGAUGAAGGAGGAAGGACGUUUUUGCGAGUCCUGAUUCAUCUUAUAAUGCACGAUUACCCUCCUUUGCUCUCAGGAGCCCUGCAACUCUUGUUUAAGCACUUCAGCCAGCGAGCAGAAGUGCUGCAAGCAUUUAAACAGGUCCAAUUGUUGGUGUCUAACCAAGACGUGGACAGUUACAAGCAGAUUAAAACUGACCUUGAUCAACUAAGACUGACUGUAGAAAAAUCAGAACUUUGGGUCCAGAAAACCAGUAAUUAUGAAAGCGGAAUAUUGGGUGAAAAUCAAACAAAAGGAAGUGAUGAGCCAAUCGAAGAUUCAAGCAUGUUGAGUCCAGUCCAAGAUGGCAGUAAGAAACCACAGAUUGAUACCAACAAGAGUAACAACUAUAAUAUAGUUAUGGAGAUUUUGAUCCGAUUACGAGGGCUCUGCAUUCAAAAUAAAAAAUGUAGAAACCAGCAGCAGCGCUUACUUAAAAAUAUGGGAGCCCACAGCGUCGUGUUGGAUCUCCUUCAAAUACCCUAUGAAAAGACUGACCAAAAGAUGAAUGAAAUCAUGACCUUAGCUCACCUGUUCCUUCAGAACUUCUGUCGCGGGAAUCCCCAGAAUCAGAUACUUCUCCAUAAACACCUCAACCUAUUCUUAACCCCUGGGCUUCUGGAGGCCGAAACCAUGCGGCACAUCUUCACCAACAAUUACCAUCUGUGCAAUGAAAUUAGCGAGCGGGCCGUGCAGCAUUUCGUCCACUGCAUCGAGACGCACGGCCGCCAUGUUGAAUAUCUGCGUUUUUUGCACACCAUUGUCAAGGCCGAUGGUAAAUACGUCAAGAAAUGUCAGGACAUGGUUAUGACAGAGUUGAUCAACGGAGGGGAAGAUGCCUUGGUGUUCUACAACGACAGAGCCUCUUUCCCAACCCUCCUUCACAUGAUGUGCUCUGAGCGAGACCGAGUAGACGAGAGCGGGCCUUUGGUGUAUCACAUCACCUUGGUGGAACUGCUGGCAGCCUGCACCGAGGGCAAAAAUGUCUACACCGAGAUCAAAUGUAAUUCUCUCCUCCCCUUGGAUGACAUCGUGAGAGUGGUGACGCAUGACGACUGCAUACCCGAGAUCAAGAUUGCGUAUGUCAACUUUGUCAAUCACUGCUAUGUGGACACCGAAGUGGAAAUGAAGGAAAUAUACACCAGUAACCAUAUCUGGAAACUGUUUGAGAAUUUUCUGGUUGACAUGGCAAGGGUUUGUAACAGCAGUACAGAUAGAAAACAUGCCGAUUUAUCUCUUGAAAAAUAUGUCACCGAACCAGUAAUGAGUAUUGUGAGCGGCUUUUUCAGUUCUCCGUUUUCAGACAACAGCACCAGCCUGCAGACACAUCAACCGGUCUUCAUCCAGCUGCUACAAUCUGCCUUUAGGAUUUACAACUGUACUUGGCCAAAUCCCGCUCAGAAAUCUUCCGUGGAAUCUUGCAUCAAAACUUUGGCUGAAGUUGCCAAGAAUCGGGGCAUUGCCAUCCCAGUGGACCUGGAUAGCCAGGUGAACACGCUGUUCAUGAAGAGCCACAGCAACAUGAUCCAAAGGGCGGCCAUGGGUUGGCGGAUGUCCGCUCGGAGCGGCCCCCGCUUUAAAGAGCCCCUUGGAGGACCUUCGUGGGAUUAUAGGAACAUCAUUGAGAAACUACAGGACGUGGUGGCCUCCUUGGAAGAGCAGUUCAAUCCUAUGAUGCAAGCUGAAUUUUCCGUGUUGGUGGAUGUCUUGCGGAGCCCUGAACUUCUCUUCCCCGAAGGGAGCGACGCAAGGAUUCGAUGUGGAGCCUUCAUGUCCAAGUUGAUCAACCAUACAAAACGGCUAAUGGAGAAGGAAGAAAAACUCUGCAUCAAAAUCCUCCAGACUCUGCGGGAAAUGCUGGACCAGAAAGAUAGCUUUGUUGAAGAGGGCAGCAACCUGCGGAAAAUACUCCUCAACCGCUAUUUCAAAGGAGACUACGGAGGGAACAUCAACGGUCAUCUGUCUGGCAGCUACGGCAAACCCCUGCAGAGUGGAGCGACCUUCUCCGGACAAGAUGUGGACAAGUCCGCGGCAUCCAUGCAUGACAUUCAGUGUCUCUUGGAUAAAGAAGGAGCUUCGGAACUGGUCACCGAUGUCAUCGUUAGUACCAAGAAUGACCGGAUAUUCUCGGAAGCCAUCUUGCUCGGCAUUGCGUUGCUCGAAGGAGGAAACACCCAAAUCCAGUAUUCCUUUUAUCAACAAUUAAACGAGCAGAAAAAAUCCGAAAAGUUUUUCAAAGUUUUGUACGAUCGGAUGAAAAUGGCCCAGCUGGAAAUUCGGUCCACGGUGUCGGUGAACACGAUUGAUCUGAGCAGCAAAAAGAAGGACGAGGAAACAGAUGUGACAGUUUCAGCUCCAAAAAAGAGAGUUAGAGACUCCAACCUCCACCUCAAGGAAGGCAUGAAAGGACAACUGGCGGAAGCCUCCACCGCAACCUCCAAAGCUUACUGCGUGUACCGCAGAGAGAUGGAUCCGGAAACGGACCUCAUGGGUCCAGGGUCAGAGGCAGGAUGCGCAGACGAAAAAUCGUCCGAAGAAACCAUCAUGAGUCCCGCUAUUGUGAUCAUGCAACCCAUCUUGAGGUUCCUCCAAUUGUUGUGUGAGAAUCACAAUCGAGAACUCCAGAACUUUUUAAGAAACCAGAACAACAAGACCAACUACAACCUAGUUUGCGAGACGCUUCAGUUUUUGGAUUGUAUCUGCGGAAGUACCACCGGCGGGCUAGGACUCCUGGGCCUGUACAUCAAAGAAAAAAAUGUAGCUUUGGUAAAUCAAACCCUUGAAAGUUUGACAGAGUACUGCCAAGGCCCCUGCCAUGAAAAUCAGACCUGCAUAGCCACCCAUGAGUCCAAUGGCAUCGACAUCAUCAUCGCGCUGAUCCUAAAUGAUAUCAAUCCCCUUGGAAAAUAUCGGAUGGACCUAGUGCUACAGUUGAAGAAUAACGCCUCGAAACUUUUGCUGGCUAUCAUGGAAAGCAGGCACGAUAGCGAAAAUGCAGAGAGGGUCCUUUUCAACAUGAGACCAAAGGAGCUCGUGGACGUCAUGAAGAACGCCUAUAACCAGGGUCUUGACAGUGAUCAAGAAGAGGAAAACGGAGAUGACAAUAUUUCACCAAAAGAUGUUGGGCAUAAUAUCUAUAUAUUAGCUCACCAGUUGUCCCGUCAUAAUAAAGCAUUACAACACAUGCUGAAACCUGGGGCAGAUCCAGAAGAAGGAGAUGAAGCUUUGAAGUAUUAUGCCAACCAUACCGCCCAAAUUGAGAUUGUCCGCCACGACAGAACCAUGGAGCAAAUAGUAUUUCCCGUGCCAAACGUUUGUGAAUUCCUCACCCAUGAAUCAAAAUGCCGCGUAUUCAACACCACGGAAAGAGACGAACAAGGGAGCAAAGUCAACGAUUUUUUCCAACAGACCGAGGAUCUGUAUAACGAAAUGAAGUGGCAGAGGAAAAUUAGGAAUAAUCCGGCAUUAUUUUGGUUCUCUCGGCAAAUUUCUCUGUGGGGAAGCAUAUCGUUCAAUCUCGCCGUUUUCAUCAAUCUCGCCGUGGCCCUCUUCUACCCAUUUGGAGAUGAUGGAGAUGAAGCCGAUCAGCUGGGACUCGGGAGGCAGCGAAUAGAUUGGGGGCGGGGCCAAAUAAAAGGGACGCUUUCUCCGUUAUUUUCCAUUCUCCUCUGGAUCGCUGUGGCCGUCUGUACGUCCCUCCUUUUCUUUUUCCCAAAACCUGUUGGAAUCCGCCCAUUCUUGGUCUCUGUCAUGCUCAGAUCUAUCUAUACGAUUGGUCUCGGGCCCACGCUGAUCCUUCUGGGCGCCGCUAACCUUUGUAACAAAAUUGUAUUUUUGGUGAGCUUCGUUGGCAAUCGUGGGACAUUCACCCGUGGCUACCGAGCUGUCAUCAUGGAUAUGGCUUUUCUCUACCACGUGGCUUAUGUCCUGGUCUGUAUGUUGGGCCUCUGCGUGCACGAAUUUUUUUACAGCUUCUUGUUGUUUGACUUGGUGUAUCGCGAGGAGACUUUGCUGAACGUCAUCAAAAGCGUCACGCGGAACGGGAGGUCCAUCAUUCUGACUGCUGUCCUAGCUCUCAUCCUGGUCUAUCUCUUCUCCAUCGUUGGCUUCCUGUUUCUGAAGGAUGACUUCAUAAUGGACGUGGAAAGGUUGAAAAAUAAAACAUCCCUUACAGACAGCGGCACCGUCUCUUCGACAAGCUUAACGACGAUGGUGGAAACGUGUUCAAGGGAGAACUGCACAGUUCCGACUAGCAAACCAGGUGAAGACGGCGAUGAAGAUGGGAUUGAGAGGACCUGCGACACUUUGCUGAUGUGUAUCGUGACCGUGUUGAACCAGGGGCUGAGAAACGGUGGAGGAGUGGGGGACGUCCUUCGGAAACCAUCCAAAGACGAGCCGCUGUUUGCUGCUCGGGUGGUUUACGAUCUCCUGUUUUAUUUCAUCGUCAUCAUUAUUGUGCUGAACCUCAUUUUCGGAGUCAUCAUCGAUACGUUUGCGGAUCUCAGAAGCGAAAAGCAGAAGAAAGAAGAGAUCUUGAAGACAACCUGUUUCAUCUGCGGCCUUGAGCGAGACAAAUUUGACAACAAGACGGUUUCAUUCGAGGAACACAUCAAGUCAGAACACAACAUGUGGCACUAUCUCUGUUUUAUCGUUCUGGUCAGAGUGAAAGACCCAACGGAAUACACUGGACCUGAAAGUUACGUGGCCCAAAUGAUCGCGGAAAAGAAUUUAGAGUGGUUUCCUCGGAUGAGAGCCAUGUCCUUAGUCAGCAACGAGGGGGACAACGAACAGAACGAAAUCAGGAACCUGCAAGAAAGGUUGGAGACCACCAUGUCUUUGGUCAAGCAGCUUUCCGGCCAACUCGCUGAGCUGAAAGAACAGAUGACCGAACAAAGGAAAAACAAGCAGAGGCUGGGCUUUUUGGGAUCUAACGCCCCCCACGUGAACCAUCACACUUCCCCGCACUGAUAACAACCCCCCCUCCCGCUUCCCCGGAUUGUGACACAGCCUUUCAUCCCCUGUCCUUUCCUGGAUCACAAGGCAGAGAAGAGCUGCGGUUGGAAGGACUGAACGGGGCUCAUUGUUUCCUCAGUUUUUCGGACGGAGUGCCAAAAUGCUAAGUGGUUUUGCUCCCGGGAACAAGCUGUAACUGCAGUUUUAUGGUUGAAAGGGGCCGGCGGGGUUUAAACCCCCCUCCCCACCCUACAGAUCGUGCAAAACAGGCCUCAAAUCUUCAUUUUUGCUCAAUAAACAAACAAAAUUAAAACAAGGGAUUUGGUGAUCUCGCUUUUUAGUCGGGAUUAAUUUUUUUCUUUUUUUUAAAAAAAAAUCUCUUUUUCUGCAGAAGUCGGCAGGGAAGAAGCUGAAAUCGGUUCAGGUGUUUGGACGCCCUUCUAAGAAACUUUCUAACUCAGUCAAACUGUCGGUGACGACAACAUGCAUUUGUCACGUUGGCAGGGUUUGACAACUCGUUGUCGUGUUUGUGCGUGGCAGUUGUGCUCUUCGACAAUCCAAGCGAUGUAAAUAACACUCCACAUAAUUCAUUCAUGCCAUCUCCUUCAUCCGCCUUCGAUCAUUUUUUUGCUUUUUUUAAAGAAGACCGACUCGAAUUUUGGAAGCGUUUUUUGCCGUCUCGCCGUACGAUUCCUAAAAUCCGGUGCGACGAAUCCUCAGUUUUAAAUUCUUGGCGUUUAGGAAAUGUCACUGCUCCAAAAACAGGAGAAAAAAAAAAACAUUUGAUUCAAUGAGGGAAUCGUAUCGAAUUGAUAUCAUUCGUUCUGGAUUUUGCUCCUGUACUCUAAAAACGGUGGCUGCAACUGGAAAUCUCAAAUAAUGGCCUCAAAUCUAGAGUUAAAAACCAAGGAUGAGGUUAAGGAGAGAAAAAACUCCUUCAUAAAUCUUUACUAUCAAAGAUUAAAUUCAAGAGGGCAAACGGGCUGGAAAUAUCUGUGUAGCAGAUUGAAAAAUGGAUUCUUGUUGUUUACACUAAAAUUCGACUUUGAUGCUUCUUCUUUCUCCAUUUCUGAUCAGGAUCUUCUUCCAAAUUAAUCGACAACUCUGUUGCUCUACCAAGGGACUCAUUAUUCUACCCAGUCAUUCCACUCAGUCCAUUCUCCAUUGUAGAAGAGAAAACAUAUCUUACACGACCGGUAGUCCUCAAUUUACAACACUUCAUUUAGUGACCGUUCCAAUGGCACUGAAAAAAGUGACUUACGACCGUUUUUUCACACUUACAGCUGUUGCCGCCUCUCCAUGAUCAUGUGAUCGAAAUUCAAACGCCACCAAUUCAUAUUUAUGACGGUUGGAGUUUCCCGGGAUCACGUGAUCUGUUUUUGCAACGUUCUGUCCAACAAGGAGGAAGAUCCUGCUUCCCUUAAUGACCACGUUACUCAUUUAACAAAUGCAAUGAUUUGCUUAACGGCGGUGGCAAGAAAAGUUGCAACCUGGGGCAAAACUCGCUGCCCGAAUGUUUCCCUUAGGAAUGUCAACCCUGGGCUCAGUUGUGGUCGUAAGGCGAGGAGUACCUGCACUCACUAUAAGGAUUCAACAUUGUAGUUUUUACUGAGUUUAUCUCAAAGGGAGGAUUUCAUUCCUGAAUCCGGGUUGCAAAAAAAAUCUUAAGUGAACACUGGAUCGACUGGUAGCAGUAAUUUUAUUACCGUAAAGUGUCUUCAAAAUUUUUGCAGGUCAGUUCUCCGAGCCAUAGAUUAUUUUCCUGGAAAACAACUAAGACUGAAAGAUUUCAAGAGCUAACUUAACUUCCAUCAACUGGAAUGAAAUGCAUUCUUUUAACAUUAAAUGUUAUAAAUCUUG